AUGUAUUCCCUCCGCCGCGCUGCCUGUCGCCUGCUGGCUUCACCAUCUCCGAUACCUGCUCGAUCAAGGCUGACUGCGACACCGAACGCCCACAACCUUGCGAUUCGCUGUCGAAAAUCUUCACAAACCAGAUGGAUUGGAGAUGGGGUUAGCGGCCACCUGGACUCGAAAGAUACAGCCACGGCGCAGUCGCCGACGGUUACCGCGACAGCGACCAAUAUAACCUCGACCGACACAAACGAUGUUCUGGCUGCCCCAGAUGAUAUUGCGGUAAAUGAGGCCGAAAAAGAAGAAAGGAGAAUUGAACCAGAAGAUGGAUUGAAUACCGUGACGACAGCGACUACGAGAAACGCCCCGGCGUCUUUCGCGAAUGAAUCUGAGGCCGGGAAUACGCAAGGACCAUUUGACGUUUCGCAGAUCAGAGAGGCGGCCAUGCUAGAAGACGAGGCCGCUCAAAGAACGAUGACAAAAGAAGAGAGGAUAGAAUUAAUGAGACAAUCUCGAAACGAGCCGAAGGAAACAAUAUUCAUCGGCAACCUGUUUUAUGACGUGACAGCAGAGGAUCUCAAGGAGCAGAUGUCGAAGUAUGGAGUUGUGGAAGGAGUGAACAUUAUUUACGAUAGCCGCGGAAUUAGCAAAGGAUAUGGCUACGUUCAAUUCGAUAAUACAGAUUCGGCAGACCGAGCAAUUCAAGCGAUGCAUAUGCGAGUAUUCGAAGGGCGCCGGGUGACUCUUUACUUUGCACAAACGAACAUGAGGACGGCGGUCAAGGCUUUCGCACCCACAAAUACGCUCUAUAUCGGCAACAUGCCCUUCGAAAUGACGGACCGUGAUCUCAAUGAACUCUUCAAGGAUCUGGCCAACGUAUUUGACGUCCGCGUGACUGUAGACCGCCAGACCGGUCAAUUUCGUGGAUAUGUCCAUGCAGAGUUCACAGACGUUGAAAGCGCGGCCAUCGGACUCGAACAACUUUCUAGACAGACGCUUUAUGGCCGCAAACUCAAGGUCUAUUACAGCAACAAUGUUCGGAAAGCCCAACGCGGCUUCUUCCCUGUCGGUGCUUGA